GUAAUCGACAAAUCAAAAACCGCAUCUGUUACAGUUGGCGUUGGAUACAAAUUGUUGCUGAGUUGGAGGUUUUUAAUAAAUAUUGUUAAAUCGCCGUUUUAUAAAUUAUACACAUUUCUUUUAAGUUAAUAUUUAAUUCCGCAUUCAUUUACAUUUAAGGCAAGAUGAACUUCAUGCAGCAAUCUGUGUUAGUGCUUCUACUGGCAUUUGUGGCAAUCGCGAUUCCCAAACCGGAAGAGAAAAAGGACAGAGUGUACGAUAGGGAGUUAAGCAAUAAGGAACACUACAAUCACGAACAACACAAUGCCGACUAUGAUCACGAAGCUUUUCUGGGCGAAGAAGCAAAGACAUUCGAUCAGUUACCACCCGAAGAAAGUGUCCGUCGACUGGGAUUAAUAAUCGACAGGAUUGAUCAUAACAAAGACGGCAUUGUCAACCUAGAGGAACUUAAAGACUGGAUUAGAUUUACGCAAAAACGGUACAUUAUGGAGGAUGUUGAACGCCAAUGGAAGCAGCAGAAUGCAGAUAAUGGCAAAGAUACUAUCGCCUGGGUGGACUACAAGAAGAUGGUGUAUGGUUUUCUAGACAAUAUGGAUGCUUCCGACGUUGACAAAGAGGAUGAGGGCUUUUCUUACAAGAAUAUGUUAAAACGUGACCGUCGCCGUUGGACUGCUGCUGAUUCAGAUAAGGACGACUCAUUAACCAAAGAGGAGUUUGCCGCAUUCCUUCAUCCGGAGGAAAUUGACCAUAUGCGUGACAUUGUUGUUCUGGAAACUAUGGAAGAUAUUGACAAAGAUGGUGAUAGUAAAAUCUCAUUGGCAGAGUAUAUCGGUGAUAUGUACCGUGCCGAAGAAAAUGAAAUUGAACCCGACUGGGUGAAGAACGAACGAGAACAGUUUAAUACCUACCGUGAUAAGGACGGUGACGGUUUCAUGGAUACGGAAGAAGUUAAGGGUUGGAUUUUACCUGAAGACUUUGAUCAUGCCGAAGCGGAAGCUAGGCAUUUAAUUUACGAGGCUGAUUCAGAUGCAGACCAAAAAUUAACCAAAGAAGAAAUUUUAAGCAAGUACGAUCUAUUUGUGGGCUCUCAAGCAACGGAUUUCGGGGAGGCAUUGGCUCGUCAUGACGAAUUUUAGUUUAGUAUCAAUUCCAUAUUGCAGUGCUGGCUUCACACUUAGCUAGCAUACCACGCAGCUUUAUUGAUCAUUAGCUUUUUAUCUCUAAUUGGAAUCUCUAGCAAGGGGCAUGACGCUGAUUUAGCUUUAUGUAAUGUUUUUUCUUACAAUGAUUUUAUCCAAAGUUAA